GGGAGCACUCAGAAGAAGAAAAAUGACAGCCGCGCUUGUCUCUUGCAUUGUAAACAGCGCCGUGUAAUUCCCUGUGAGACCAGGACACAGUGAAUCGAAAACAAAGCUGCAUGUUCUUCUUGGAAUGAUAGCCAUCGCGUUUGCUCUGGCGCUGGCAGCCAUCGCGUUGGCCGUGAUGCUGAAGAAGGAAAGAAAACCAGAGGGCGACACAGUCUGCGAUACUGAAGACUGUCAGUACAUGCGUUGGCUCAUUGACGUCUCAGUGGACACAAGCAAAGACCCUUGCGCAAACUUCUACCUCUUUACUUGUAGCGGGGCAUUCAAGGAAUUGUCUGCGCUGUACGAUCGCUUGAAAUCAAGCAACUUGGCUAUCAUACAGCAUAAUACCACAUCCAAUAUUCUGGAAAGCCUGAAAAAAGUCAGCAUCCCGACAACAGGACAAACAGCAUACCAGAAAUCGGCUGCAUAUUUUCGGCAUUGUGCAGAGUAUCAUAACGCAACGGCCCUCAGCUCUAUCAAAGCGUUUUUAACUCAGCACGGCAUGGAUGCUACAAAGACCAUGAAUUUCGACAUCCUCGGCCUCACGUUGAAAUUCAUUUUUGUCUUCAGAAUUCCUUUAAUAUUUGGAAUGGGACUAUCACUGAGUCCUCUUCCAGCUUCGGGAUUUGUUAGAACCAAGCCCGGAAUCGUUAUGUUAUUACGAGGAAGCUUCGUCGACUCCAUGCACGAAUAUAAGCAAGAGAGCAAGGAGCAACGUGAGAAACGUGUCAGCACGGUUUUAUCGGCGAUAUUUCCUGGAGAAGUCUCGUCAGCAUUGGUGAAUAGCAUUAUGCAAGCGGAAGACAACACUGCCAGUGAAUAUGGCCACCACUUCGAUUUCAAACGCACGGGAAUGGAUGAAGCCAAGGCAACGUUCGAUUUUGUCUUCCCGUUAUCCAAAUUAGGUCUCGAAAACAACGACACCGCCUUGGCGUCCAGGUGGCAUGAAACCCUGAGGGACAUGACGGGCUCAAGGCUUCCCCGGGACAAGGAAGUCGCCACGACGAAAGAACACGUUUCUUUUUUCUACGGCUUGUUCGGAAAAGCUGCAGUUAUUUCAGAGGGCGAUACCAGAUUGUACUUUGCCUGGAGAACUGCGUUUUACCUUUAUACAACGGCACUGUUCGAUCCCGAGGGUAGCUACGAGAAAGCGUGUCUGAAGAAUGUUCUUCAAACUUUUCCGAACGCAGCAUCAUCUGAAGUUCUGUUCAGCGUCGUCAAUGCUUCUAGGAUUAACUUCGUCGAAGAAAUGGCCGACGUCAUAACUGAAGAAGUUAAGGAGUCGCUCAAGACCUCCCAGUGGAUCGACGACAUAACCCGUCAAAAAGCACUGCAGAAGAUUUCUAGUGUGGAGAAACUAAUCGGCUACGUUCCAGGGUUCAACACUCCAGCAAACAUCGACGCGUUCUUCAGGGACCUUGCGGACCUAAGCGGCCCUUAUACUAUGGAUUACAUCAAUGUCUUGAAAUUCGAGACGAAACUUUACUGGGACGCUGUGCUGGCUGACUCGCAAUAUUUGGAUCGAAAACUUCGUCUGCCUCCAGUAUAUGCCGCUAGCGCUGUCAACGAGAUCACCAAAAUCACAAUCCCCGCAGGCGUUAUGCUCCCACCAGUCUUUGCAUAUGGUGCUCCUCCAGAAGUGAACUAUGGUUCGCUUGGGCGUGUCAUCACGAAUGUGGUCAUGGAAACGUUCGACGUGAUGGGCAUCUAUGGGGACGCUUACACUGUCGAUUCCCAAUGGUUUACGAAUAGAAGCAUUCAAGAGUACAAUAAGCGGAUUCAUUGCUACAACGAGAGCGUCGAGCAUGCUCCAAAGGCGAGACAGUACAAUCAGCAUUCCGCACAAGAGUAUCUGGCCGGUGUUCUGGGCUCUAACACGAUCGUGAGGGCGUACCAGAAAGCUUCGAAAAACUCCACUGCGUCCCUGGGAAACUUGAAAGGAUUCACGAAGGACCAGAUAUUCUACAUUUCCUUCUGUCUGGCGUGGUGCGGGCGUGGCGAACCAGACGCACCUCAUCCGCCGUUCGAUGAGAGAUGCAACGUGCCACUCAUGAACUCUGAGCACUUCAGUGAGACUUUCUCAUGUCAUAAGGAUUCGCCUAUGAACCCGUCAAAGAAAUGUUCUUUCUGGUAGACUUGUAGUGUAGAUUGUAUAAACCGAAUUUUAUUGUGCAGACCACCGCAUAUACAGAGCGUUGUGGUAAAGGCAUGCUGUCAACGCAGUAAAGAAGUAUAUAUAAAGAAGUAAUACGACGUUACACGUAGUCAGAGAAUGUGUGAUUUUGUCAUUUGAUGCACUUUUCGUGCAAUCGCGUUGAAUUGGAUUUCUAUGAAUCCCCUUGUGGACUGAACAGGCUUCAAGCAGCCAAAAACAACAAACAGCUAAAAAUCUAACUUCGAACUGGUUGGAAUCGGAUCAGCCAUUUUUGCGCUUCUUCAAAGAGAGAGGAAUUGCCCGAUGCGCUAGACCAGGAGAAUACGCCUGCCUGCUUCUAUCAGACAUCACUGCGAUCACUGUGUGAUCAGUGAUGUCUGAAGCAUGGGAAGUUGGGUUGAAGCCAUGUAGUUGGUUGACGUUAGGGAUUGUUCUUGUUAGCCGGGAUUCAACGAUACUAGCGUAAUAGGCAUAGGCUCAGAUAGAACUGUUCGUGUUCGUGAAAUUCUAGAGGUGUUCCACAUUAGUUUACAUGGCAACACGUGCAUAAGUGUACCAUCACUUUCCUUAACUCAUCUGGAAAGAGAUUUCUGUGCUUGUUAAGAUUACACAUGGAAAUGCAUUUUGUUAUCGCUCCAAGUGCUAUUACUGUGUUGCAGUACGUUGUUUGCCUUGUGUAUUGUAUAUAUUUGUCCCCUUCCAUUAAACUUCUGCUAG